AUGCUGGUGGCGGGCCCGAGCUGCGUGCCCUUCGCAGCUACGGGAAAUAGGCUAGCUUGGGACGACGAGCGCUCAUCUACUUUUACGGCUACGACGGACUGUGUGAUAGAUCAGGCGAACAGGAAAGGCAGCAAGUUCGUUGCUUUUGUAAUCGAGAACGUUAGUGGACUGGGCGACAAGCCCAAAGGUAAACGUAAAUCCCCAUUAGACGAGGUGCUCGAAGGCCUUCACAAUGGAUUGAAAGGCUGGGUGAUCGUAGCAUGGAAGCUCAACUCCUGUGAAUUCGGUGUUCCGCAGACCAGGCCGCGCUACUAUAUUUGCGGCCGCAAGGCCAGUGCGUUCGAGGUGCCUUUCCCUAGCCAUUCGCCAGCUGAUUUUAAAAUCAAAGGCCUCAGCCUGAAACAGAUCCUUGAUCCCGGGCUGCCGAGUAAUUUGCGCCAGCUGACUCCCAAGAUGAAGUCAAACUUAGCGUAUUACAGGAGGGAGGCUCGUAAGUGGGCUUCGCCCGGGACGAUUGCAGCGUGCGAUGUGUGCAGGGACCCCGCUAAGGUGAGGUCUCCAGUUCUCCGCGUGGACGGGACGGUCCCCACCUUGACGACGAAAAACCAUUCUUUGUACGUGUUCGAGGUCGGCGGGACGCGUUUCGAGCGUUUCAUUUCAAACGAGGAGCGUGCUGUCCUCCAGGGCUUCAGCCCACAAGUGGUUGCCAACUUGCCCAAUCCUCGGAAGGCGCUCGGGAACGCAAUGACGGUCCCUGUCGUUGGGCUCGUCAUGGCUUGCGUGCUCAGUGGCAUGAAGCGUUGA